ACUUUUGAUUUUGAGGUUAUGCCUGGCGGCAAAUUUAAAAAUUGUAAAGUUACCAUGCAUUUUCUAAAAAUAAAACGAAUCUUCCGAGUCACCUAGAAAUCUAUUAAUAAGUCCUUUCCUCCCAAUUUUCCACGGUUUACAACGCACUUUACAACACUACCAAAUAUGUCUCAAAAUAUUGAAACUCAAACUACUAACCAAGCCCCCAGUGAGGGUAACCAAAAUACAGUCCAAAAUGGGGAUAACCUUCUUGAAAAACUCGCUAGUUAUGAAGAAACUUUUAAAAACAAUGCAGAACGAACAACACAAUUAGAAAAUGAAUUAAAACAAAAAGAUACCGACUUGGCCGACUUAAAAAAGCGCCUGGUGCAGCUUGAAGAAGAAGUCUCAGAAGCACAGAAAUUCAAAGCGCAACAUUUGAAAGAAGCGGAAGAAGUUGAUGCGAUUAAAGUCAAAUCUGAAGAGACUUUAACACGAGCGAAAGGAAUUAUUUUCGACAAAACCAAAGUUAUAAAGAAUCAAGAGUUGCAAAUCGAUGCUUUGAAUCAACAAAUUGCAUCACUUAAAGACGUGGUGACCAUCACUAAAGACUUGUUGGAGAUAAGAAAUUUGGAAAUCAAGCAACUUGAAUCAAAAAUUCAAUGUAUGGAAGAUAGAGUCGGGGCUGAAAAGGAACGUCAUGAUCUGAUGCACAAGAAAUUGGAACAUAUGAUUCGCUAUAAUGGUGAUUUGAAAAGGGAAUAUGAGACGCAACUUUGCUUGUUUUCGGCUUUGCGUGAAAGGUAUAAUGAGAGGGAAUUGGCUAAAGGGGUUUUAGAUGAUUUGAGACAAGCUUCAACGAGUCAGACGAAUGGAGAUGUGGCUCCCGAAGAGAAGAAAGAAGAGGAAAAGAAGGAGUGAAGACAAAUUUGUGAUAAAAAUAUAACUUGUUUAUUAACAUAUCGCUAUUGGAUUUAUAAUUUAUAGAACUUAGAGAAAAUGUAGAUAAUGUACACUAUCAACAUUUUUACAUUAUGUUAGAAACCAACAGGAAAUGUACGUUAUAAAUAAUUAAAACAUGAGAAACUAACAUCUAAAGUCAAAAAGACUAACUUUAAAAAAUUACUUUAACUUGUAUACAAGACGUAAUUUAUUAACAAGAAUUUUCGAACUAUCCUUAUACCUUGCAUCUCAAUGGGGUUUAUUAAUAUGUAAGCUAGUUCGUCAUGUAUGAUUGUUCAAUAUAAAGGUACUUUAAAAUUUCA